ACAGCUGGUGGAAUCAGCUGUAGCGGGUUUGUCCAUGCACCAUAUCUUCCUGUGUUUGGGAAAAAUUUUCUUCAAUUUUUUCGCUUUCUUAUUCUAGAAAUGUUUAAUUAAUCUACUUAAUGAAAAACAUAGUUAGUUGUAGAACAAGAGAAAACUAUAGUGUUUUGUUCGUCACAUUAAGUACAUUUAUUAAAUAAAUGGGAACAUUUUAAAUGUGUUGAAAAUGUGUCUUAGAAGAUGAUAUUUGCAAUUCUUAUAAUGUUUUAGUUUGAAUAUAUUACAAGGAAAUGAUGUUACGCAUUCCUCUAGUGGAGACUUUGCGUUUAAAUAGAAAUAUAAAUAACAUCUGUUAAAUUUCCAAGUGAAAUUGCUGUUUAAGAAAACUAAAUAUAAAGCAUGAUACUUUUAUUAUCCCAUUUUGUUCGAGUAACAAUUCCUAUAAGAGCUGGAUUUUACAUAUGGAAGAGUGCUGGAUGAUCAGAAUUUCUAACUGACUGCUGGCUUACUAUGGACUGUACUCAGCUUUCUAAAUGAGAAAGAUGUUUAUUUGUAGAUGAAAAAUACAUAAUGACUUGCCCAACGUAGAGCUUAUAUCAGCAAGAAACGGAUUAAACUACUUAAUUGUCAUACUGAAAUGUUUUUGUGUUUGUAACUGAAAAUUUUAUCCACUAUUUUGAAUGGCUUUACCGGCUAAAGUGCUUCAACUGAAGAAGAAAUCUAAAAGCGUUCCAUCAAUAUGUGCACAAAAAGCGUGCCAAUUUUGGCCGAAAAGAGCUAUUUAUUAUGUCAAUCAACCAAAGGAUACUGUAACCUUAUGCACUCUGGGAAUCGGAACAGCUUUUGGUGAGUCCAUAUUGGACAACAGUCCGCACAGUGCCACAGUUGUCACAAACGAGCAUUGUGAACUGCUUCGGAUUGAGCAGAAGGAUUUCAGAACAAUAUGGGAGAGAAACAGGCAUUUAAUGGAGGAUAUUGUUUCUCCUAUAAGCACACUGCGAACAUUAACAGGACUUCCAUUACAAGAUGAUUGCCGGACAGCGAAUGGUAAUGUGCGGUCUUUUUCUCCUUUGGGGAAAAAGGAUUCCCUCACCCCUGAUGGACCAAAUCCAGCUCUUCCCAUCACACAGGAACCUUCUACAGCCCUGUCUCGUGCCGGUUGGGUGCUGCGGACCCUGAUUUUAUGUCAGAGCCCCCAUCUGAUCCGUGACAGGAAGUACCAUGUUCGUACAUUCCGAAAGUGCCUGGUAGGCUCCGAGAUGGUGGAUUGGCUCAUGCACCAGGGGGCGAUCUACGUCAGGAUACACUCCCGAAGUCAGGCCGUCGGGAUGUGGCAAGCGCUGAUGGAGGAAGGCGUCAUCUCACAUGUGACAAACGAACAUCAGUUUAAAGACAAAUAUUUAUUUUACCGAUUCAGGGAAGAUCAGCAAGAAGUAUCGUCCACCCCAACAGUGGAAGACAGACAGCAGGCCGAAACGGAGCUACCUGAAGUUUUGGCUCAUCUGCUGCAGCUUGCGCCGGAUGCGGUCUUUCGAAUGAUUCUGCGGAAGCCAUCCAGCGAGAGGACUGAGGAAGAUCUGGAAAUAAUUUACGAGGAGCUACUUCAUAUAAAAGCCUUGUCCCACCUGUCCAAUAGCGUGAAGAGGGAGCUAGCAGGUGUUUUAGUGUUCGAGUCCCACCCAAAGGCUGGAACAGUCUUAUUCAAUCAGGGAGACGAAGGCAAAUCUUGGUUUAUAAUUCUUAAAGGAUCUGUCAAUGUUGUGAUAUACGGAAAAGGAGUCGUGUGUAGCCUCCUUGAAGGCGAUGAUUUUGGCAAAUUAGCACUGGUUAAUGAUGCUCCCAGGGCAGCUACUAUAGUAACGAGAGAAAACAACUGUCAUUUCCUGCGAGUUGACAAGGAUGAUUUCAAUAACAUUAUAAGGGAUGUAGAAGCCAAUACAGUGAGACUAAAAGAACAUGGCCAAGAUGUCCUCCUGCUGCAGAAAAUCCCGACUGAUGGGAGAGCAGCUGAUGGCACACAUUCUCAUUACAAAUACAUGGUUAUGGCUGGUACGCCGCAGAAGAUGUUGGAACAUCUUUUGGAGACCAGAAUAGACCAAAGAAACGACGAUGCAACAGAUACGUUCCUAGAAGACUUUCUUCUGACUCACGUGAUAUUUAUGCCAAGCCACCAACUAUGUCCCGAGCUUAUGAGACACUAUAGGAUAGACGCCACGAAUUGCAGGCAGGAGAAGGAGUUCAUUGUGGCCAGCAAGAAACGUGUCUUACAAUUUGUACAAAUCUGGGCGACGAUCAUUCGCUCUGCAUUCUUGGAGGACGAAUGCAUCGCUGCUUUUCUACAGGAGCUUCAUGAAGCUAUUGUUGAAGACUGUAAGAAGUAUGGUUUGCAUGAAGAACUAUCUGUCAUAUCAAGGAUUCUGGAAACUAAACAAAAAUACGAUAAAGAAAUCACCGGUGUCCGUUAUCGAUGGAAGGUUGGUCCUUAUGGCCAAAUUCGCCUUCUAUCAGCUAGCGAAUCUCAGGAAGAAGAACGAACUGAAUUCAGAAGGUGCAUUAAAGCCACUGAUGAAGUUGUAUUCAGAGUUUAUUGUUCAGACCACACAUAUACUACCAUUAAAACUCCUGUUGGUGCCACUGCUGAAGCCAUCAAGCGAAGUGCUGCUGAAAAACUGGGCUUUAAAGAUGAACUUCUGCUGGUGGAAGUGAAAUCUACAGCAGAACGAGUUAUCUUCAAAGACUCUGAAGUUAGUGUACCGACUGGUUUGAGUGUCAAUGGACGUAUUUUUCUGACCCGUGCAGACGAAGUUGAUUUGUUGAUGCCUCUACCUGAACAAGAUGGACCUUCUGAUGGAACUGCAGUUAUAUUGGAAACCCUAAAUUCAUUAGACAUUGCUUACAACAUGACAGUUUAUGAAUGGGACCUCUUUUCAUGUGUUCAUGAGUACGAGCUCAUCUAUCAAGUGUUCGGGAGGCAUCAGUUUCGGAAGAUCAUGUCCAAUCUGGAUGUCUUUUUGAGACGAUUCAACGAAGUGCAGCACUGGGUUGUCACGGAGAUGACUCUCUGCAACAAUUUGAGUCGAAGAGUUACUCUACUUAGAAAAUUCAUCAAAAUCGCCGCUCACUGCCGGGAAUAUCAAAACAUGAACAGCUUUUUUGCCAUCGUCCUCGGUCUCAGCAAUGUAGCCGUCAGCCGCAUGAGUCAGACGUGGGAGAAGCUGCCCAGCAAACUGAAACGCACAUUCGCCGAUUUUGAAGCCCUCAUAGAUCCUUCCCGGAACCACCGAAGGUACAGACUGACCGUAGCCAAGAUGGUCCCUCCCAUCAUCCCGUUCAUGCCCUUGCUCCUGAAGGACAUGACCUUCUCGCACGAGGGCAACAAGACCUACAUGGAGGGGCUUCUCAAUUUUGAGAAGAUGCAUAUGAUUGCACAAACUUUACGGACAAUAAGGCACUGUCGAAGUCAACCUUUAGUGCUUGAUCUACCACCUGGAAAUAAAUGCCAACAGGAUGUUAGAAAUUAUAUUAGAAAUCUGAGGAUCAUUGACAAUCAGAAGCGGCUUACUCAGCUUUCAGAUGUAUUAGAACCCAGGAGAACUUCAUAACCAUUUUUGUCAUCCCUUCUGCGGCUAAAACAAAUCGAAAUUGAAGCACAUUUGUGAUCAUGAAACCUCUCGUUGUCUUCUGCAUAAAGUAAAUUCCAAUUCAACAUAUCAAAAAUUUAUCAGUGUGGAAAUCUGAGACAAUUUGAUGCACAUAAAUUAUCAAAAUUGGUAUGACUGCAUGAGUAGGAUACAGACAUGUGUUAUAUCAACAGAAUACCUGCAAAUGAACUUGCUGAAUGUCAUUGGAACUGAAGCACUUAAGCUUCUGGCCAAUUCAGCUGAGGAUGAAUGAGUCCACUUGUUGAAUCUAUGUAAAAAAAAGAAAACCCUUUGAAAAGUGUACAAACUAUUUACUUCCAGCCCUAUCGCUAUGCAAAUGAGAAGAUAUGCAACAGUUUAGAAUUUUUAUUCUAGAUUAAUCUAGUCAAAAUAAACAAUGACUGUAUCGCUAUAAAAUGUGAUCGUCUUUUAUUUUCUGUUAUGAUGAGUUACUAUUUAUAAUACUUUUUAUUUUUUGCUACUUGAAUUUUACUAAGCACCUUCAAAGUGAUUUGAAUGGUUAAUGAAUCUAAGUUGGUAUUGUUAAUGCAAUUUGAAAGAAUGGCAAUUUUUUUGUGAACCAUAACAUCAC